AUGAUUUUGAACCAAGAAAAUCACAGUGGUGGAGUCACUUUUGUUCUUUUGGGCUUCUCAGAAUAUCUGAAAACCCAGUUGUCUCUGUUUCUAGUAUUUCUGUUCAUCUACACAGUCACUGUGUUGGGGAACCUGGGCAUGAUCGUGAUUAUCAAGAUGAAUCCCAAACUCCACACCCCCAUGUACUUUUUUCUCAGCCACUUAUCCUUUGUUGACUUCUGUUACUCCACAGUAGUUACACCCAAACUAUUAGAAAACUUGGUUGUGGAAGAUAGAACCAUCUCCUUCACAGGAUGCAUCAUGCAAUUCUUCUUAGCAUGCAUAUUUGUGGUGACAGAAACAUUCAUGUUGGCAGCAAUGGCAUAUGACCGCUUUGUGGCAGUUUGUAACCCUCUUCUCUACACAGUUGUAAUGUCUCAGAAGAUUUGUUCCCUGUUCGUGGGGGCAUCAUAUUCUUGGAGUAUAGUGUGUUCUUUAAUAUUCACAUGUUUUUUGCUGACCUUAUCCUUUUGUGGGACUAACUUCAUAAAUAACUUUGUCUGUGAGCAUGCUGCCCUUGUUGCUGUUUCCUGCUCUGAUCCCUACAUUAGCCAGAAGAUCAUUUUAGUCUCUGCCACAUUCAAUGAAUUAAGCAGCCUGAUAAUUGUUCUUACUUCAUAUGUUUUCAUCUUUAUCACUGUCAUGAAGAUGCCUUCAACUGGAGGGCGCCGCAAAGCCUUCUCCACAUGUGCCUCCCACCUGACUGCCAUUAGCAUUUUCCAUGGGACCAUCCUUUUUCUCUACUGUGUUCCUAACUCCAAGAGUUCAUGGCUCAUGGUCAAGGUGGCCUCUAUCUUUUAUACAGUUGUCAUCCCCAUGUUGAACCCACUGAUUUACAGCCUUAGGAACAAAGACGUGAAAGAGACAGUCAAGAAGUUAAUCGCUGCUAGAUUGUUCUUUGAUAAAAUGUAA